AUGCGUGUUCUCUUGACAGGAGGCAGCGGAUUCAUCGCCGCCCACUGCGUCGACAUCCUGCUACAGAACAAGCACUCAGUUGUCUUCACUGUGCGGUCCGAUGCCAAAGGGCAAAAAAUCCUGUCCAAUCACCCAGAUGUCCCGUCGUCGCAACUCUCGUAUGUCAUUGUUGAAGACAUCGCCAAAGAGAACGCUUUCGAUGAGGCUGUCAAAUCCGAUCCGCCAUUCGAAGCAGUGCUUCAUACCGCCUCACCGUUCCAUUUCAAUGUCCAGGAUCCUAAGAAGGAUCUGCUUGACCCGGCCAUUAUCGGAACCACCGGCAUACUCAGAGCGAUCAAAGCCAAUGCGCCGAGUGUAAAACGGGUAGCGAUUACAUCUUCCUUUGCUGCUAUAAUCAACGCCAAGCAACAUCCUUCUGUUUAUAACGAGUCCUCCUGGAACCCAGUCACCGAGGACGAAGCGCUACACACCGACGCGGGCACCGCCUAUCGCGGCAGUAAGACUCUCGCCGAGCGAGCCGCCUGGGAUUUUGUUGAGAAGGAGAAGCCCAACUUCACGCUCACGACACUCUGUCCGCCACUUGUGCUCGGCCCGGUGGUUCACUAUCUUGCCGAUCUCUCCAGUCUCAACACCUCCAACGAGAUCGUGCGCGAUAUGGUGACGGGUAAGUUCCGCGACAGCGGGCUCCCCACCACUCGUGUGGUCAUCUUCGUCGAUGUGCGGGAUUUGGCACUCGCGCACGUGCGGGCUAUCGAGCGCGAGGAGGCGCAGGGCAAGCGCUUCUUUGUGACGGCGGGCUUCUAUCGGAAUAACGAUGUGGCGGAUGCGAUCAAGAAAGAGUUUCCGGAGUUGGCCGAGAAGCUGCCGGAAAAGUACGAGGCGGAUCCAAAGGAAUUUCCAUUCAAGAUCGAUAAUAGCAGAGCAAAGGAGGUGCUGGGCUUGGAGUAUCGGAGCUUGGAGACGAGCGUGACCGAUUUAGUGAGAAGCCUACAGAAAAUGGGCGUUUAG